GCCAGUACUCAUUAUAUCAGCCUGUACUCAUUACACCAGCCUGUACUCAUUAUAUCAGCCUGUACUCAUUACACCAGCCAGUACUCAUUAUACCAGCCAGUACUCAUUAUAUCAGCCUGUACUCAUUACACCAGCCUGUACUCAUUAUACCAGCCUGUACUCAUUAUACCAGCCAGUACUCAUUAUAUCAGCCUGUACUCAUUACACCAGCCUGUACUCAUUAUACCAGCCUGUACUCAUUAUACCACUCUUGUCAUAUCCUGUUAUAUGCUUGUCUGGGUUUUCCUUACAUUAUUGCCCUCGUGCCAUCAAAUCAUAUUUAGCUGUAAUAGAUGACUUUAGCGUUUUAAUUUGACUGCUUAAAAAUUCUCACAUUUUAGUAACAUUUAAGUUAAACAAAGUCUUUAUAAUCACAUAAGGGUUUAAUUCUUUGUUUUAAUUCCAAUUUUACAUUGGUUUGUAAACGUGCAGUGUCUCAUGUUUACGUUUAUUCUGGAGGUUAGAGAUAAUAGCAUCCUGUGUGAGAAUAGUGUUGUGUGGCAAGACUUGACAUAACAGUGUCUCCUGGCUUUCACUGAUGUAUAUAAUUGUGAUCGACAAUUUAUAUAUAUUCAGUCAGAUUAAUAAAAAAACAUAUUGAACAAAAUUACAACAUUUUGAACUAGCACCAGUUGAGGCAAUGAGUGAGAAAAUAAUUCGGAUUUGUGAUCCUUUGAAAGUGGAGGUAGACAAGCACGAACAUCGGCUGCAAGAAGUCAGUCGCAAGCUAUGCCAUGCUAACACGCAUCUCUCAGCACUAACUGACCUUGCUCAAAGACUUAGAUUUCACUUGGAAGUGAAGAAAUCAAGGAUCAGGCAGCAGAGCCCAUACUGCUCUGAGGAAGUCAAAGUGAGUGAAGACACGUUCAAGAUGACAACGGCACAAUGUAGCUCUCACAACUCUGAAGGAGUGAAAGUUUGUAAAGAUGAAGGGAAGAAAGGGAAUGAGCCAAGGAGCCCACACAACUCUGAAGAAGUGAAAGUUGGUAAAGAAGAAGGGAAGAAAGGGAAUGAGCAAGGGAGCCUGCACAACUCUGAAGAAGUGAAAGUUGGUAAAGAAGAAGGGAAGAAAGGGAAUGAGCAAGGGAGCCCACACAACUCUGAUGAAGACAAAGAUGGCAUAAAAGAAGCAAAGAAAGCAAAUAGGCAAGAAUGCCUGCAUAACUCUGAGGAAGUCAAAGAUCAUUAUGGAAAAAUAAAGAACGAAGAUUUACAUUUCAAGUUUCCUGGUGAAUCUCCAUCAAUGGACAGAGAAUUCUUAAAAAUGAUCGAAUCUCUUGUGGAGGGGAUUCUUCUUAUUGAUUCAGAGACAAAUCUUGGAAAAAUGGCAAGGGAUUUGCAAGGUUCUGUGAUUAAAAAUGAUUUACAAAAGUGGCGUCAGGUAGUCACAGUUCUUCAAAAGUACGAUGAUCAAGUAAGGCGAGCCAUUGAAUUUUUUGAACGCCAGCAAUUAGAAUGAGAAAAAUUAAUCAUUAUCUAUAUAAAAAAGCUACCC